GGCGAAACGACCUAGGAGCGUAAUUCAAGGUCAGCGACUCAAGGUCACUCGCUAAACUCAAGGGAUAAACUGUCAUCGUUAUCAUGUUGUCAUCAUCGAAAAGUGAUAAAGCUGUUGAAAGACAAAUGCAAAUAUUUGAAAUUGAAAUGAUGCAACAAGUUUUCACUAGUAUGACAAAUAGUUGUCUAGCCAAGUGUAUACCAACAAAUUAUACUGAUGGGGAUUUAACAAAAGGCGAAGCUGUCUGCUUAGACCGGUGUGCAUCGAAAUUUAUGCAAGCGUAUAUGCAAGCAACGAAAAAAUUGUCAACAAUGGCAUCACCAGAUACAAAAUCGAUCACUGAUAAAUAAGUGAAGCGUACCAACGGGCAAUGAAACACAAUAAAAAUGUGCAUAUCUUCUCAUUUUUUUAUUACUUCUAUUUUGUAUCAUACUUAGAAUUUUCAGUCAGACAAUAGUUCUGUUUUAC